GGGUGUGGAGGGUGACGCAGGCGGGGGGAGGAGAAGCAGCAGGAGCAGCAGCCUGGCCCUCUCUCUCCGCCUUCCUUUGGGCCUCAAGCGAGGAGGAGGAGGAGGAGGAGGAAGAUGCCUGCUGCCGCCAGCCUGACCCCGCAGGUGCACUGGGCGCAGAGGCACCAGGAGCUCUACCUGCGCGUGGAGCUCAGCGACGUCCAGAAUCCUGAAAUCACCAUCGCAGACAAUGUCCUCCAUUUCAAAGCUCAGGGCCAUGGCGCCAAAGGGGACAAUGUGUACGAAUUCCAAAUCCAGUUCCUAGAACCGGUGGAGCCGCAGCCAGUGUACAAAGUGACGCAGCGGCAGCUGAGCAUCACGGUCAAGAAAGUGGAGAAACACUGGUGGGAGCGGCUGACCAAGCAGGAGAAGCGGCCCCUGUUCCUCGCUCCCGAUUUCGACCGAUGGCUGGACGAGUCGGACGCUGAGAUGGAGCUGAAGGCCAAGGAAGAAGAAAGAAUUAACAAAAUCAACUUUGAGAACAGGAUCCCCAAAGACCCGUUCCGGCACCUGAAGCGAGGCUACCUCUUCAUGUACAACCUGGUGCAGUUCCUGGGCUUCUCCUGGAUCUUCGUGAACAUGACUGUCCGGCUCUUCAUGCUGGGAAAAGAUUCCUUCUUCGAUACGUUCCACACGACGGCAGACAUGAUGUACUUCUGCCAAAUGAUGGCCGUCCUGGAGAUUGUGAACACCUUGAUAGGUCUAGUCCGAUCUCCUCUUUUGCCCGUCCUUUUCCAGGUCAGUGGAAGGAACUUUGUUUUAUUCAUUGUCUUUGGAAGCAUGGAAGAAAUGCAGAGCAAAGCCGUCGUGUUCUUCAUCUUCUACAUCUGGAGCAUGAUAGAGAUAUUCAGGUAUCCCUUCUACAUGUUGUCCUGCAUCAAUAUCGAAUGGAAGAUCCUGACCUGGAUCCGCUAUAGCAUCUGGAUCCCUCUUUAUCCACUGGGAAUCUUAGCCGAAGCGGUGGCCGUGAUCCAGGCGAUUCCCGUUUUCAGCAGCACCGGCAGAUUCAGCUUCACGCUGCCAUAUCCAAUAAGCAUCACCAUCCCCUUUUCGGUGUUCCUUCAACUCUACCUUGUGUUUCUAUUUCUUGGCCCGUUUGUGAACUUCCGCCACCUCUACAAGCAACGUAAGCGGCACCUUGGACCCAAAAAGAGGAAAAUGCACUAAAUGAUUCCAGAUCCUUGUCUACUUUGAAGGCAUCUCUCUCUCUCUCAUUCCUCCUCAUGAGGAGUGGCCCUUGUCACUCCAAAAAAAAAAAGUUUUGUAUGGCAAUACUGACAGGUGUCUUCCCCAAACAUGCUCACACCAUUACCAAGGAAAUGUGCCCGUUGCAAAACUGUAUUAUCCUUUGCUCAAGCGAACACUGAACAGGAGUUAACAACUCUAUUCCUGCUCAAUUGGCAAAGCACAGAAAGAGAACAAAAACAUCCCAAAUUGAACAGCGUUUGACUUAUUUUUUUUCCCAGGGAGGAAGAUAUUUUCCUUCUGUUUAUUUCAGUUGAGAGCUUUGAAAUGCCCAAGUGCAUCUACGCUGUAGAUCUCAUGCAGCUUGAGCCACUUUAACGGCCAUGUCUCGAUGCUGGGAUUUGUAGUUUGGUGGGGCACCGGCUCUCCUUGCAGAGCUACAACCCCCAGGAUUCCAUAGCAUCGAACCAUCGCUGCUCGUAGGAUGCCAAACCACAUUAAUUCUACAGUGUAGCGGCCCCGAGUCCUUAUGGGAGAUGGUGGCAGGGUAUAAAUAAAGUUCUUGUUAUUAUUAUUAUUAUUUUAUUAUGACACAGCAAACAAGAUAGACAUGCUGGAUUUCGUUUUACAAAACCACAAGUCAAACACUUCCCAAGUGUCUAGGACUGUGUGAUGUAUUUUCGGAUGAUGCCUGCAGAUUCCAGCAGGGUGGCCUUUUGCAGUUGGCAAUCGUAAUUUUGUCAAUGUCUAUUGUUUCCAAAUGCCGGCUGAGAUCUUUUGGCACGGCACCCAGUGUGCCCAUCACCACCGGGACCACCUGCACUGCCAGAGUCUUUGAAGUUCAAUCUUGAGGUCCUGAUAGCAGCUGAGCUUUUCCUGUUGUUUUUCGUCAAUGCGACUGUCACCUGGGAUGGCGACAUCAAUGAUCCAAACCUUUUUCUUUUCCACAACUGUGAUGUCUGGUGUGUUGUGUUCCAGAACUUUGUCAGUCUGGAUUCGGAAGUCCCACAGUAUCUUUGCAUGUUCAUUUUCCAAUACUUUUGCAGGUUUGUGAUCCCACCAGUUCUUUGCUGCUGGGAGAUGGUACUUGAGGCAUAAGUUCCAAUCAAUCAUUUGGGCCACAUAGUUAUGCCUCUGUUUGUAGUCUGUCUGUGCAGUUUUCUUACAGCAGCUCAGGAUAUGAUCCAUGGUUUCGUCGAUUUCCUUGCACAGUCUGCAUUUUGAGUCAUCAGCUGAUUUUUCGAUCUUGGCCUUAAUUGCCUUUGUGCUGAUGUCUUGCUCCUGGGCUGCAAGGAUCAGGCCUUCUGUCUCCUUCUUCAGGGUCCCAUUCGUGAGCCAGAGCCAGGUCUUCUCCUUAUCAGCUUUUCCUUCAAUUUUGCCAAUUGUCAAUUAUUCAAUUGUCAAUUAUUAUUAUCAUUAUUAUUAUUAUUCGCUUCCAUUAAGAGCCGCCCUAUCGCAUCCAUGCAACAAAUCCAAGCAUUGGCUUCCCAAGUUGCCAUUGGUUCAGUGACUUCACCAAAGUAUUAUUAUUAGUACUAACUUUAUCUCUGGAUCAUUAUUAACUUUAUUUAUAUGGGUUUAAAUUACAGGAAAGGAGAUUUCACCUAAACAUUAGGACUAUAAGAGCUGUUCAGCUGUGGAACUCUCUGCCUCUGCGUCUGAUGGAAGCUCCUUCCUUGGAAACUUUUAAACAGAGGCUGGAUGGCCAUCUGUCAGAGAUGCUUUGAUUGUGCUUUUCCUGCAUGACAGGAACUGGAUGGCUCACGUGGCCUCUUCUACGAUUCUAAGUGGGAAGAAGGAUGAAAAGGUCCACCGUGCUUCAAGUGCAGGGGCCUUUCUUAAGACCUUUUUUCAGGUCUUAAAACCUAUUGAUACUAGGGACUAUAAAUAGGUUUUAAGACCUGGGAUUCCUACAGUUCUUCAAAGAAACCUCUGUCUGACUGCAGCUCCCAGCAUUCUGCCUCUUUGGCUAUGCUGAUCAAAACUGCUGGGAGUUGUAGUUCAUCCCCAUUUGGGAGGAUAUUGUAAAUAAUAAUAAUAAUAAUAGUCCUAGACACUUGGGAAGUGUUCGACUUGUGAUUUUGUGAUAUGAAAUCCAGCAUAUCUAUCUUGUUUGCUGUGUCAUAAUAAAAUAAUAAUAAUAAUAAUACAUCCCACAGUCCUAGAAACUUGGGAAAUGUUCAACUUGUGAAUUUGUGAUAUGAAAUCCGGCAUAUCUAUCUUGUUUGCUGUGUCAUAAUAAAAUAAUAAUAAUAAUAAUAAUAAUACAUCACACAGUCCUAGACACUUGGGAAGUGUUCGACUUGUGAGUUUGUGAUACAAAAUCCAGCAUAUCUAUCUUGUUUGCUGUGUCAUACAUUAAUAAUAAUAAUAAUAAUAAUAAUAAUAAUAAUAAUAAUAAUACAUCACACAGUCCUAGACACUUGGGAAGUGUUCGACUUGUGAGUUUGUGAUACAAAAUCCAGCAUAUCUAUCUUGUUUGCUGUGUCAUACAAUAAUAAUAAUAACAACAACAACUUUAUUUAUAUCCCACCACCAUCUCCUAGAGGGACUCGGUGUGGCUCACAGAACACUCAAGGUGUGACAUACAAAAUACAAGUGCAAAACAAAAUAUAAACAAUCAACACAACAUCGUAAAUUUACAGUAUUUGCAUCCGAUUUAAGUGCAGGAAAUUUACGUGUUGCCCUAAGUUGGAUUAACCAACUUGGAAGAAAUUAAUUUGGUUUCUUUGCUAAAACAAUGGUUGGCUGCACCCAGUUUCCAAGCUCUUCAUUGGCUUCAAGACGUUUAUCAUUCUCAUCCUCUCCAAAAAGAGGAAAAAUAAAGACUACUUGGAGUGGAGAGACAGGCGUGACUCCCGUUAUAAGCAAAUAGCAAGUGAUCUGUUAUAAAAUAUGUCCUCUGAUCUUUGUCCCCGCAAUGAAGAAAGCUAGCCUUUGAGUAGGAAGGUUAUCUGGCAUUUCUUGAUAGAAUAUUAACUCCUCCGUGGGAAUGCCCCCAUUGGGUUUAAAACCUAAUAUACUUUUGCAGGAAGAUGAUCGAGAAACAAACUCCGGAGCAAAAGUCCCCCAAAUUGAGACCUAAGAUUGGUUUGUUGGACAUCUCUUGAACCUGACCUUUUCCCUAAAUAUUACUGUCUUGUUUCUGGCUUUUUGAUCUCUGAAGUUUUGAUGAAUGCAAUAGUUUUCAUUAUGCUUUGGGUUUUGGUCUAAACUUGAGUGACUGAGCUAUCCAAAGUGCAGAGUUCCCCUUUUCACAUGUAACAUUCCCACUGAAAUCGAAAAGCAGAUUUCCUUGCCCCAUCUUCGCUUCUGGGAAUGGGAGGAAAGCAAUGUAUUGCUCGUUUCCUAUAAGACAAUGAGGAGAAAAAGCGCAGAGAUAUAUUUUAACCCUGAAGUGAUUGUUCAGUUCUCCCCAUUUGCUCCGGGUGGGUAAAUGUUUUGUUGUUUUUGUAUCCCUAUUUGGAGAGAACGCUAACUCUUAGCAUUAGCAAAACCGCUUCUCGCUUUUUCUGUUGUUAUUCCAUCCGUUCGGUCACCAUUUAGGGUGCGGGCACUUUUGUUGCGAAUCUGGAUUUGCUGCUCUUUCCGAAAGCAAACAGAAUGUGAAUUUCUAAUAUAAAGGUUUUACAAACCUCUCUUCCAAAA